UAAAAAAAAUAAAAUUUGAAGAAAAAAAAAAGACAGAACAAUAAACCCUAAAAUAAAAUUUCCCCCUUUUAGUAGCUGCCUCUUUUUGGUUCCUUCCGGUUGUAAAUACCGCCGAGUUAAGCAAAAAGCCGAGACUGUGUGUGAAUAAUCAUGAGGGGAGUAAAACGCGCCGCCGUCUCCGAAUCCAAUGACCCUUCCUUUAAGAAUGCUAAACCAAUGGAAGGAACCUUAUUUGGUAUCCAGAAGAAUGUGGCACCGAUGCAGAAGAGUUCAUUAACAUCAGCAUCAUUGGAUAAGCAGAGAGCUGAGUUAGCUAGGAAGAAUGUGAGAGCUCUUAAUAACCAAUUUGUAAGUUGGGUGCAGUUACAGCUGAAGAAUCAUCCUGAUGAACUUUGGGAAGAUGGGAUGAAUGACUACAUUUCGCAUGCUUCCAACAUUCUGGAAAAGUUUAAGGAUGUUGUCAACUGGCUGAAAGAAAAUAAGGGAAAGGGGGAAAAUGUAUCCCCUGAAUCUCGUGCAGCAGAUAAGAAAACAGUGGCUGACGCCAAGAGUAGCGAUGUUAAAUCAGUUUCAAAUAAUAGCCUAUUUGCUUCAAACAGUCAACCUGGGCUCUUCUCAAACAAGCCAUCUUCCAAUUUUUCCAGUAGUCAGUCUAGUUUGUCUUCAAGCCAACCUGGAGCAUUCUCCAGCAGUCAAUUUGGUUCAACAUUUAAUAGCCAGACUGGGUCUUUUGGCAGUAGCCAGUUUGGUGUCGCCAAAAGCAGCCAACCAAGCCUAUUAUCCAGCAGUCAAGCAGGAGCAGUCUCUAAUAGCCAGACUGGUUCUUUUAGUAGUGGCCAGUUUGGUUCCGCUAAAAGCAGCCAACCAAGCCUAUUAUCCAGCAGUCAAGCAGGAGCUGUCUCUAAUAGCCAGACUGGUUUUUUUACCAGUGGCCAGUUUGGUUCGGCUAAAAGCAGCCAACCAAGCCUAUUAUCCAGCAGUCAAGCAGGAGCAGUCUCAAAUAGCCAGACUGGGUCUUUUAACAGUGGCCAGUUUGGUUCGGCUAAAAGCAGCCAACCAAGCCUAUUUUCCAGCAGUCAAGCAGGAGCAGUCUCAAAUAGCCAGACUGGGUCUUUUAACAGUGGCCAGUUUGGUUCGGCUAAAAGCAGCCAACCAAGUCUAUUUUCCAGCAGUCAAGCCGGAGCAGUCUCUACUAGCCAACCUCCUUUCUCAUCUUCGAAUAAUCAAAACCCUUUUUCAUCUGGAGCAGCGCCAGUGCCCAUAGCGGUAAAGCGGGAUUCUGCAGAUGAUGCAGAUGGUGAAGAUGAACAACCUCAACCGAGCAGCCCAUCUGUCAAAAAGACUAAAGAAGAGGGUGUUACUGUGGUUCAUGAAGUCAAAUGCAAACUUUAUGUAAAGUCAAGUGACCCAGCAGAUAAAGGUUGGAAAGAUAGAGGAACUGGGAAUCUCUCAAUAAAAUGCAAAGAAGGCGUUGACAAGGGGACAAAAGAAUCAAAACCCACAAUCCUUGUCAGAAACGAUGUUGGUAAACUGCUUCUGAAUGCACUACUGUAUGCUGGAAUCAAGACGAGCCCACAGAAGAACGCCCUUGUUGCAAUAUUUCACUCCUCGGAGGACUCCAGCGAGAAUGUAACGCCGAGAACUUUUCUGAUAAGGACAAAGACUGCAGAAGCUAGAGAUAAAUUAGCAACGGCCAUCCAUGAAUACGCCCCUUCUUCAUAAAAUGCCCUUAACAAGGUUGAUAUCUUCACUGUACCUUUUAAAAGCUUAUAUGAGUUGUCCUCUCCUGUAUUUUUUCCUUGAUUUGUAAAAUUAGGAAGGCUCUUUAAGAAGGCUUUGAUUAAGGGCAAAAAUUGUUGUAUGGUUGAGCGUGAGAGAGAGAGGGAUAGCUAAAGCUACUUAUAGAGUAUGUUGUGCCAAUCUACUUUGUAACUUAAAACCCAAAAACAAUAAAAAUCAUUUCUUUCUAUAAGAAGUUAUCUGA